CCUAAGCGUCUCUUCUUAAAACACUGCAUGUCAUCACAUUUAGGGCCUGCUCUAAAUCCAGGAUGAUCUCACCUCAAGAUGCUUAAUCACAUCUGUGAAGACCUCAUUUCCAAAUAAGAUCGCCUUCUGAAGAUCCGAGUGGCCAUAUAUUUGGGGGGAUGCUAUUCUACCCUCUCCUGGUAAUGGUGAUGUCCUCACUGAAUAUCAUUGCCACAGUUCAGGACGUCCAUUGGGCAGCCUUUUCCUCAGAGACGGGUCUGGGUUCCAUGUCUCAGUCUUCCUGUGUGCAGGAGGUCACGGCAGGGGCAGCCUGGCGUGCUGGUGGGGAAGAGGAGGUGGGCUGUGCUCCCUCACUGUCCAGGGAUCUGAGUGUGUCUCCGAGCCAUCAGUACAUGUGUUGGCAUAUUGACAUUGUGUAAUAAACACAGGCUUUGGUGAAGCGUGGAUGCGUCUCUCUGCUGGGAAACUAUAGCACUUCCCCACGCCGGCAGGGGAGCACCCUAACCUUUCCAUCAUGCAUGACCUGUCCACAGGACUGUUUUCCAGGAAGAUUCUCAUCUGACUUGGUCUGUAGACAUGGCUCUGUCAUUCACCAGGCAGUCUUGCUAACGGUGAGCCAUCCUGUGGAAAUACCACCCAUUUCAAGUGAACUCUUUGGGUCACUGGAAUAGUUGAGGGGAAAUUUUGGAAGAUUUUAUGGUGAAAAUUUGCCCAAACACUUGCUUUACUCUCUCCAAUGUGGGCCCAACCGUGAUCUCUACCACCAGCUUUCCUUGUAGGCAUGGGUAGUGCUGAAGCUGAAGUGUGUGUAUGAAUGAAUCACAGCUCAUUGGCUCUUCCACAUGUUCAUUGAGGGAAAACUGCUGCUGGAAGGUAGAGUUUACAAUUAAAACAACUCAGUCACAACUCUACCAUCCACAAGUCAUGGAAAGAUCUGUCACCCCUCCUAAUUCUCAUCCCUCCCCUCCAGCCAUGAAUAUUUUGGAGUAAGACACGUGUGGACUCAGGCAGAGCUGGAGUCUCCAUACUUCCAAGAACAGCAGCAGCAAAAAGGCCCCAAACUGUCACUGUCACAGUGUCCCUGUGGUGUUUUCCAGGGAGCGGUGGCCCUGGUGGGCGCUGGGUUAUGCUACAGAUUCAGCGAGUUCCCAUACAUUUCCUUCUCUGUCCCUCCCCCAUGAGGACUUUCUUGGAGGUUGCACUGAGUGUUUCUGUGGAGGGCUUUCCUCCUCUGUAACUUUUCAGACACCCAGGAGCACACGACGUUGCCGGCAGGAGCCUCUCUGUGUGGACGGGCCCCUCUGAGCGCCCAGCCCACUCACUCUUAUAAAGACCCGUGUCGUCAGCCCUGUGACGCUCCCUAGGAAGUUGCCCAUUUAUGGCUACUAGAGCAAAUGAUAUCAUCACAAUAGGUGGCUCCUGUUUAAUUAGGGAUCAUUUGUGAAAUGAGAUUAUAGACGUGUAUCUGAAAAAAAAAACAGGAGAUGGAGGCACCUGCUCUCUGUAAUUGAUAUCCUUGGGGAGAGCAGUGCGCGGUAAUUACGACCAUGGCUAACUGUGUUACGGGGAAGGAGCUCGCGUCUCCUGCUCUGCACCAGGUGGCCCCCACAUCCACAUGGAGCUGACUCCAGAUCCAUGUUUUCUCUCACGCUUGACUAUGUGGGCCAUGCAUCGCAGUCCUGUGCCUGCCACGCUGCUGCAGUGCCUGGCUGGCAGAGCUCCGUGGCAGCCUGGUCCGGGCUGUGGCUGACGGCGCCUUGGUGCACACUCGCUUCCUGGCCUGCCUCUAAGCAAGGAUGUGGAGACUCCCCUGAGUGCAGGUCCCCCUGUCCGCCCAGACGCCUCCUGUGCUCGGCAUUUGGAUGCUGCAGACGGAGCGGCAGGAGUCUCUCCUCGAGUCGCAGUGCACGCUCUGCGGGGAGCCGGAAGAGGAAGAAGGUGGAGACCUGGUCCAGCCGGGCAUCAGCUUUCCGGGGCCAGCAGAGGAGGAUCUAGACCCGCAGUACUCAUGGUCGCCCACGCAGCACUUCAAUGAGGAGCGCUACUCCCCGGCGCCCAGGAGCAUGAAGGGCCUCUCCGGAAGCCGGACGCAGCCGCCGCUGUGCUCGGGGCACACGUGCGGCCUGGCGCCCCCCGAGGACUGCGAGCACCUGCACCACGCGCCCGAGGCGCGGCCGCCCUACCUGCUGAGCGCCGCGGACAGCUGCCCCGGGGGGCGCCACCGCUGCUCGCCGCGCAGCUCGGUGCACUCGGAGUGCGUCCUGAUGCCGGUGGCGCUGGGCGACCACGUGUCCAGCAGCACGUUCCCGCGCAUGCACUACAGCUCGCACUACGACGCGCGCGACGACGGCGCGGCGCCGCGCGUGGGCGCCAAGAUCAACCGCAUCCCCGCCAACCUGCUGGACCAGUUCGAGAAGCAGCUGCCGCUGCACCGGGACGGCUUCCACACGCUGCAGUACCAGCGCGCGUCCGCGGCCGAGCAGCGCAGCGAGAGCCCGGGGCGCAUCCGCCACCUGGUGCACUCGGUGCAGAAGCUCUUCACCAAGUCGCACUCGCUGGAGGGCUCCUCCAAGGGCAACGCCAACGGGGCCAAGGCGGACGGCCGCGCCGACGAGCCGCACCACGGCCACCACGCCAAGCACGGCAAGAGGAGCAAGAGCAAGGAGCGCAAGCCGGAGGGCAAGCCGCGGCCCGGCAUGAGCAGCUGGUGGAGCUCGGACGACAACCUGGACAGCGACAGCACCUACCGGCCGCCCAGCGUGCUCAACCGGCACCACCUGGGCCCCGUGGCCCACGGCUACCCCGACGCCCUGCAGAGCCCCUUCGGGGACCUCUCACUCAAGACCUCCAAGAGCAACAACGACGUCAAGUGCUCAGCCUGCGAGGGGCUGGCGCUGACGCCGGACGCCAAGUACCUGAAGCGCAGCUCCUGGUCCACGCUGACGGUCAGCCAGGCCAAGGAGGCCUACCGCAAGAGCUCGCUGAACCUGGACAAGCCGCUGCUGCACCAGGACGCCAAGCCCGCCCUGAGGCCGUGCCACUACCUCCAGGUGCCUCAGGAUGAGUGGGGAGGGUACCCCACCGGUGGCAAAGAUGAGGAGAUUCCCUGCAGGAGAAUGAGAAGUGGGAGCUACAUUAAAGCCAUGGGGGACGAGGAGAGUGGAGAGUCAGACUCCAGCCCCAAGACGUCACCAAAGUCGGCGAUCCGACCGGAGCCGCUGCUGAAGUCCAUCGGGCAGAGACCGCUGGGAGAGCACCAGACCCAGAGCUACCUGCAAGCUGCAAGCGACGUGCCUGUCGGCCACAGCCUGGACCCCGCCGCGAGCUACAACUCCCCGAAAUUCCGCUCCCGGAACCAGAGCUACAUGAGGGCCGUCAGCACGCUGAGCCAGGCCAGCUGCGUGAGCCAGGUGAGCGAGGCGGAGGUCAACGGGCAGUUCGAAUCCGUAUGCGAGUCCGUCUUCAGCGAAGUCGAAUCUCAGGCCAUGGACGCCCUAGACCUCCCAGGAUGUUUCCGAACAAGGAGUCACAGCUACCUUCGAGCCAUUCAAGCCGGCUACUCCCAAGAUGACGAAUGUAUCCCCAUGAUGACACCGUCCGACAUCACCUCCACCAUCAGGUCAACAGCAGCUGUCUCGUAUACAAAUUACAAGAAAACGCCCCCGCCAGUGCCCCCUCGGACCACCUCCAAGCCUCUGAUCUCCGUGACGGCGCAGAGCAGCACCGAAUCCACCCAGGAUGCCUACCAGGACAGCCGCGCCCAGAGGAUGUCCCCCUGGCCCCAGGAUGGCCGCAGCCUCUACAACUCCACGGACAGCCUGGACAGCAACAAGGCCAUGAACCUCGCCCUGGAGACGGCCGCAGCCCAGCGCCACAUGGCUGACGGGCAGAGCGGCUCCACCCGGACCAGUGACAAAGCCAUCCUUGUGUCCAAGGCAGAAGAGCUCCUCAAGAGCCGCUGCUCCUCCAUCGGGAUUCAGGAUUCUGAAUUCCCAGAGCACCAGCCAUACCCAAGGUCAGAUGUGGAAACGGCCACAGAUUCCGACACAGAGAGCCGCGGCCUGCGGGAGUACCACUCCGUCGGUGUGCAAGUGGAAGACGAGAAGCGACACGGACGUUUUAAACGUUCUAACAGCGUCACGGCUGCCGUCCAAGCAGACCUGGAGCUGGAGGGGUUCCCAGGCCAUAUCACCAUGGAGGACAAAGGCCUCCAGUUCGGCUCAUCCUUCCAGCGGCACUCUGAACCCAGCACCCCCACCCAGUAUGGCGCGGUGAGAACUGUACGGACGCAGGGGCUCUUCAGCUAUCGAGAAGACUAUCGGACCCAAGUGGAUACCUCCACCCUGCCCCCUCCGGAUCCCUGGCUGGAGCCCGCCCUCGACACGGUAGAGACUGGGCGGAUGUCUCCCUGCCGCAGGGAUGGCUCGUGGUUCUUGAAGCUCCUGCACUCGGAGACGAAGAGGAUGGAAGGCUGGUGCAAAGAGAUGGAGAGAGAGGCCGAGGAGAACGACCUCUCGGAGGAAAUUCUUGGUAAAAUCAGGAGUGCUGUUGGGAGUGCCCAGCUUCUCAUGUCCCAGAAAUUCCAGCAGUUCUAUUGGCUUUGCCAACAGAAUAUGGACCCCAGCGCCAUGCCAAGGCCAACAUCGCAGGACCUGGCCGGCUACUGGGACAUGCUGCAGCUCUCUGUCGAGGACGUCAGCAUGAAGUUCGACGAGCUGCAGCGGCUGCGGCUCAAUGACUGGAAGAUGAUGGAGUCUCCGGAAAGAAAGGAAGAAAGAAAGGCCCCGCCUCCAAUACCAAAGAAGCCCCUCAAAGGAAAAUUUCCCAUCACAAGAGAAAAAUCCCUGGACCUGCCCGACAGACAACGUCAGGAAGCGCGGAGACGACUCAUGGCCGCCAAGCGUGCGGCAUCCUUCCGGCAGAAUUCUGCCACGGAGCGUGCAGACAGCAUCGAGAUCUAUAUCCCCGAGGCCCAGACCCGGCUCUGAGGACGGGGGGCAGCCACCUUCCCCUUGGUUGUUUCUGCUUUUUCACAAAACGCUUGUACAGUUUGUUGGCUCCCUGGUGGUUUCUGUUUCAUUUCUUCCACUGAACACGCCCUUGCUGUUCUGCUCCUUGUGCCGUGAACACAGUGGAACGCGGUCGGUGGCCUCAGAGUCCACGGAGCUUGUGGCGAGGACGACUUUUGCUUUUCUUCACUGGUGGCCUGGCUCCCAGUCGGCUCUGAGGGACAGGUGUGGCAAGACCCGACUUCCCCUCCGUGUUCUCUGAGGACGGCGAGAAACGCCCCUGGAGCUGAAACCCAGCUUACAUUUUGUUAUUUCUAUUUUUAUAAAUUGUGUGAUAAUUAGAGGUAAGAAUAACAAAUAACUAUAAAUGGGUGCAGCUCACCACUCCCUAGAGGCAUUAGACACCCAAGUGGAAGGUGCUACAACCUGAAGUGCAGGAAAGAAAGGCCCAUUCCCCUCGCAUACCCCAGUUCCUUCUCCCCGAGGCCGGGCCGUCUGCCUGCUCCGCCCUCCUGCUCCUGCUCCUCACAAGCAGAAAACAUUAGGCUCCUUGCGUGAAGCUUACUGUGAUGGAAAGUGAUCUCUCCAAACACCAAACUCCCCGCCACACGGUUCUGCAAAACCCAGGGCUUGACAAGUCUGAACCCACUGAAAAUACCCAGCACAGCAUCCACACAUUCAAAAGAGAAGCUGAGUGUUCUGAGUGUCCCCACGAGGAAGUCACGCACAGAGAGGGGAGAGCCUUAGAGAGGGCUGGGGGCAUAAAGGGAAGAAAAUGUCCCUACUUCUAUGAAAUAGUCAUUGUAUUUUUUAUUUCUUUGUACCUUAAAAACAACCUCCAGUAUUUUCCUUAAGUUUCACCAUUUAUGCUACAUGGGAUUUUUUUUAAUGUAUGUAUAUAUAUUCUCAAAUUGCUCUAUCAGCUGACUUUCCAGGGUAUCCUUAAAAAACAAAAAACAAAAAAAACAAAAAGUUUGCUUGUUUAAAAUGACAGUUGUGAUGCUGUAAAAAGUUUAAGAAAUAUGAAUGUGAGUGGUAAGUAUAUCUCAGUUUAAAUGGUAAAGAAGAAAUGUAGUUUACAUUUGUACCUUUCCAGAAUUCUUUUGUCCUAUGCAGUAUUGCUAAAGUUAAGAAUAGAUUCCUUGCCUGUGUUAGACAUGAAGGAAAAAGAGGUCACCUGUUGCGAUUUCCAGCUGUGGAAUUCAAAAAAGUAAUUAGUGUUCAUGACUCUCUGGUCGGCACCAGAGGAAACUAGGAACGGCUCUAAUUAAUAGGCUUUCCGUGAGUGUAAUGAAAUUGAGCCGCCACGACCAUUGUUCCCACAUAACUUCUGUUUCACCAUUCGGACCAGUCUCCAAAGGAAAAGCCUAUCCGAUCUUUCCACUGAGUUACAGUCUCACAGUUCUCAUUAUUACUCAGAGUAAAGGCAGGACUGCGGUUCCAGACAGAUGUUUCCACCCAAAUACCAGGUCUUCCUUCCCCGCUUCAAGGAGCCCCGUGUCCUCAGCCACAGGCAGAACAGCUUUCCACGACCCGCGCACUUUCUCUCUUCACUUGGUUUGCACUUUACAAUGUCCCCGUCCCCUCUGCAGCUGCGUGUGGCAGGGCGUUGGGUGCACGGUUGUGCCAGAGCGUCCUCCCGAGCCGCAGCCUCUCCGCUGCCUCCUUUCCCACAUCCCACUGCGCACGGGACCAUUGGGAGCAGAGCAGAUAUUAAAGCAUGUUAGCUUCAAAGUUUUACUUUUUUAAAGCUGAGGAAAGAUUUCCCUGUAAAAACAAAACCCUAUAAAUCAAGCCUCAUAUCUGGUAUAUAUUUUACCAAACAGCCUUAAAAUAUAUUUGGAAGCAAAAAUCAGUACGAAUGUAUCUCCUUGAAAAAUGCAAAAAAAAAAAAAAAAAUAUUCCCUGAAAUAUUCUUCUAUAAAUGAGUUCUAUUUCCCCAGAGUGUUCAAAGCAUUUUUCUACCUAAAUACCUAAAUCUUGAGUAGUGUACAGUAAUGACACCUCUUCCUAUAUCCACUCUAUGAUGUUAAAACAAAUGUAUCUGCAAGUAUUGGCGUUUUAGACUUUUAAAAUGCCGUGUGAUUUCAGGUGAACUCUGCUGUUUAGAAAUAACCACAGAAAAGCAAAGUCAGUUGUACACUCCCAGUGAAAGGAAAUGAAACACAGCUCUGUAUCCUGGAUCUGUUACAGACACGCCACCUCCUCACGUCGUUCUACCUACUGGCAGCUGAUAUGUUUAUUUCCUUGAACUUAUACAAAACAUAUAAAAACAAACUGUUAAGGUAGAUCCCAGAUUCAAUGAUCCCUGCUUAAAAGAAAACAUUCACUGGCUGUGGAUUAAUUUCUUAUGUUUUGUUAAUUCAUUGUUAUUUUACAAUCCCCAAAAGUCUUGGCCUAAAACCAUCCCUAAGUGAGCAGAUUAACCUACCACUACAUUGCACAGGGGUUGGUGACUCGACAUGGUGAAUGUGCACAUGCCCUGCUUGGUCUGCCAUGUCCCAAAGAAGAUGAUUCAAUGGUAGAACGGGUACCUGCUGCUAGACCUGAUGGAAUGUUACCUGUCCGUGUUACAUAACCAAGUGCAAUAUACUCAGUUCUCAUGCAGGUGACAUUCUACCAUGAAAUGCAGAAGAUAAGCCAUGUUUAUGUAUUGUACAUGUAAAGAAAAAUAAACUGUUUAUGAUACUUGUGUUAGUCACUCAAGCUAGCUUAUUUCAGCCGCUUCUAGCAGAUACAUACCAUGAAGCUCACGUGUGACCAUUUCAUCAUAUUUAAAAUAUAAUUUCAAUAAAGGAGUACACAUCCUUUGGAAAACAUGGCUGAAAAUAAUGAUGUAUGAUGUUCUAGGAACAUCAUCCUAGAGAAUGUGAUGUUCGCUAUAACCGCAUACCUACAUUCCCUAAAGAUACGGCCCAUAACGGGUGAAACCCAGACCCUUUCCUUACAGCCAACAAGUUGAUCCUGCUGUGUUGAAGGCUUUGGUUAAUAAAACACAAGUAUGAUAAACAGCAUUUAACCCAGGAAAGGAGAAUGCUGCUUGGUAACCGGAGCGCUUUCCUUGUCAUGCAUCUCAUGCGUCUUCAGGUGUUGUUAUUGUGUUUCAAGUAAAACAAGUUGUUAUCCAUGACACUUUUUACAUUUUUCUCAGCAAAUUUACAUCACCAUCUUAAAAUGGUAUAUUAAAAAAUGAACUGUUUAUGAUACCAAAAAAAUAGUUUUGUUUAAAAGGAAAUAUUGAUGUUGUCAACUCCAAUUCUAAAAGCUUCAGGCACUUAAUGGAAAGGCGUAUGAUCAGAUAAAAAUAUAAAUUACAUGUAAGGUUAUCUGGGUUUUUUUUUUUUUUUUUUUUAAAAAAAAAAAAAAAAACUACAAAAUCAGUGCCCUGCUAAGUGGAGGGAAUUUCUCCCUACUGGCUCUUAUCGAAGUGGCCAGAUUGAUGAUUAGAAGACACAGAGGCAGAGCACACACUUGCACAGGUUUGAUUCUUUCUCUGGGAGUGUAUGUCCUUGUUUCCCUGUCUUGAUUUUUGCCUUUUCGAUGCCAUAUUAAGCACCACUUUUCCCACCCCUUCAUUAGAAGGCCCUGCAUUCGUAAAUUCACUCAUCUCUGUUUCUGUUAGGUCCUUGCAGGCAUUGCUACUCCAAUCCGGGAUGGAAUUUCACAGGAAAGUGAAGGGGUGCUGGAGGCCUGUAGUUGAAGUGCCUGCGGUGUCCACAGAAUGUGCUCUAUUAGGGACAGCUCUCCGGUUUGGGCCAAACCUUUUGGAUGCGAGUAGGGAGUGGGGGAGGCGGGUCUGAGUCUUCCUCAGGAAGGCCUUUUCUAUCAGCAGGACCUGAGCAUUAAGGGGCCAGGGGGCCUCCUGGGGGACGCAGCUCAGGACCACGGGAUGGCCGGACUUGAUGGAGGUGUAAGAGGGUGCGCACUGGUACAGACAUAGAAGCGUUACCCCAAACAGCAUUGGUUCAGGGAGGGCACCUGGAUGCUGCAUUUGGCCCCCCACAUGUCCGAAAACUGGACCUGCCUCACCUACGAGCACAGAAACAAGCUCCCCCAACACGGGCCUAAGUAACCAAAUUCCGCGUGGUUUGUGCCUGCUCACUUCCCAGCCCUCUUCUGCUCAGGCCUGAACUUCGUUUCCUCUAACUGCAAAUUUAACAGGCUAGUUUAAAACAGCAGUUUCAGACCACGGCCCCUAGAAUGUUGGAGGGUUCCCUUCUUUUCAUCUGCAUGUCUGUCCGCACUUCUUUGUAGGCAUGGGUUGAAAACUUGAAAAUAAAAGGUUCCAAAAUUUGAAAAUUAAAAUAGAAAACCAGGAGCUUAAGAAUUGAAAAAGAUGACCCCUUUCCCAUCAGUAUCUGUAACUCCGUGGGCUAGGGCAAUGCACCGCGCGUCAUCUGGUGCCAUGUGUCAGCCGUAACACACACCGCACAAGGUCAGAUCAGAUCCCACGGCUUCCCUGCGGGAGGCCCAUCUUGCUAUCAGUUGGGAGUUGCAAUGCAUUGUUGGCCAUAAAGUGCUGAAGGAAAGGGUUGCUUCUGUGUAUUCGACUGAAUGUCCCCCAGCACAGAGUGGCAGCAGAAUAUUCUGGAAAUGAAGGAGAUGUUGCUAGGAAUCUCUAGGCUGUUUAAUCAGGCAACGUGGCUCUGAUUCGCCCAUAGCCAGCAGCUCAUCUCACUUUUUCCUCUAUGUCUCAGUUGUUUCCUCUAGACAGGGGAUUACAGUUCCUGCCCCUGUCUCCCUCGAGGACACGUUGUGAGGAUUAGUGACAUAUUGGCUCUAAGUCCUUUGAGCUCCUGGAACAGGUGCUGAAAGUUGGAGUUAUUGCUAAGGAUUAGGCCCUGGCCUCUUCUGGAAUGCCGCCCUCCAGCUCUGCAGGGAAGGCUGCCGGAGUCCAGGCGGGUGGCAAACAUCUCAGCGCUAAUUAGGGACCACCAGAGGCAGAUGCUGUGAGACUGUCUUUGGAAAGGUUUGGAAAUGGGGAAAUAACGACAAGGGGCAUUCUCCCAGCUUCUGGCUUUGAUUUUAACCAUUUCUAGAUGCUUCCGAGAACAAGAACCCAGCACCAGCCAGAAUUAGGCCAUGUUUUCACCAUUACUUAAGCUCAGUUGCCUCUUAGAUGAGGAGAUAAACUACACAUUUAAGUGAUGAAGGGAAAAAAUAAUUGGGAAGCAGGUAACUGCAUGCAUGGGGAAACAGCAAAAACAAAAUCAGACACACUGGCUCAAACCACAAAGAGCUUAAGGACCCCCCACAAAUUCCCUUCUUCCCAGAAUGCAGAGGUGGUCAUAAUCCCUCCACUUCAGAGAACGCAGAGGUGGUCUGUGGGAAAGCUCUAGGAAGUAACCAUCUUUCAUCCUCGCCACACUGAAAAAUGUCCAUCAUUUUAUUAACUGCUGUCCUAACCCUGGCGUUUUUAUCUAGUGUUAAAUUAUUUCAAGUUUCAAUGUAAACACUUAACAGAUGACUUCUUUGCAGAGGAAAUGUUCGUUACCUACUAUCAAAGUACUUUUUAACAGAUUUUGUAUAUACACACACUAAGGUGACAGAGGUUCACCUCCCUACUUUCUUAGAUUUAUGUAAUUCUUUUCAUUGGUGCUUAUUCAGGACCUGAAGGCCUUGGGCAUCCAAGCUUUCACCUACUCAAUGGAGGAGAGGCGAUAAUGAAUGAAAAGAUCGACACCAGGUUUCUCGGACAAAUUUAAGUACAAAUUUCUCUCUCAAAUAGACCGUGGUCUCCCUAGAGAGUGUGUUGGUUUGUGUCUGCCAGUACAACAAAGGAUGCUCCCAGCUUGACCAUGGUACCUUAUGGAAGCCAGUCACCCAUUCUCUGAUUUACCCCCAAAACACCACCAUGACCCAGCCCCACUCAUUUGAAUAAUACAAUCAUAUCACUUUCAAAGGGCUCAGCAUGAAUGUCUCCCUCACUCCACUCUCUAACUGGUUUGCUGAACUCAACAAAGCUUCCCCUUAAGAGCAGCAAGGGGGAAGGCUCCUUUAGAACGCUUCCUUCCGAAUGGUAAGCCACUUUGCUCUCGGACAGGACGGGUCCUCCCUGCAGAGACACACCACUCAUCCCCCCACCUUCCAUAGUACAGACCAAAAUACCCAGGUGUGGCCUAAGGACUACAUUAAAUGCCUCCUAUAGAAAUUCAAGGAAUGUUAGAACCAGGAAACUAGCUGUUUAGUUCAAGUUUUUAAAAAGUAAAUAAAUAUAUAUAUACAUAUAUAUAUAUAAAUAUGAAACCAUAUCGAGUGUGAGGAUGAACAGAGUGCCAAAUACUCAGCAUCUGUACAAAGUCACUUUACUGGAAUUAAACUAUUUUAUGUAAUUCUCUUUCUCAUGCUUUUAUGGUUCUUUUGAUAAAUUCUUAUUUAGUAGCAUGCAGGAUACCUGAUCUGAAUGUGCAAUCUGCUAUUCAUCACCACGAUUUCUUACUUCUUAAUAACUUACCAAAAUGUUGGUCAUUCCUUUCAGGCAUUUAAGGAUUGCUUUCUUUGUGUUCUUUUUUCCAUGACUUUUUUUCACUCUUGGCUGACUGUACGAAAAUGUGCACCGUUUCCUCCGUAACCUCCUGUGAUAAUGCUCCAUCUGAUUUCUGUAUCGCUGAUGUUCGCCUCCUGUAAAUAGUUCUGCAAUUAAAUUUUUUGAGAAAAGUAAUGUUUACUUUUUUAUUGGAGUGAAUUCUCGUGUUAUUUUAAACUCAGAAAAAUUAUAUAGACCAAAGAGUUUUAUCCAAAAAAAAAUUACACUCUUCCUCCAUUAUAUAUUUCAUUGUUGAAAUAUCCUCAAUUUCUCUCUAUUUUAAGAAGUAAUGGACAUUUAUUAAGGCUACAGAUUUAAUAUGUAUGCAAAAAUGGUAUAGAUUAAAUGAGUUUUUAAUUAAUAAAUCCUACAGUAUUUAGUUAA